AUGGGAUUCGCAGUAGUGGUGGUGAUGAUCAUUGCAGCCUCGGUGAUAGCGGGUUGCACCAAUAACAUGGCAGUGUUGGCUUGGGAUGAACCCCACAUCAUUCACGUGGCUGGAAAAGUGCUGUGCCAGGAUUGUACCCAGGGUUGGAACGAAUGGAUUAGUGGUGGCAACCCGAUCAAAGGAGUCAAGGUGUCUCUAACCUGCAUGGACAAGAGAAGCAGGGUUGUGUAUUAUACAAGUGACGCUACAGAUGAGUUGGGGCAAUACGAAAUAACCGUGAACAAGUAUUUCAACGGCAAGGAACUGUAUACGAAGGGGUGUACAGUGAGGUUGGUGUCAUCCCCAGACGAUGUUUGCAAUAUCCUUACUGAAUUUGGUGGUGGAAACUCCGGCAUCAAGCUCAGCCGCCCAACAUCCGUGUAUCGUGGUUUGAUCAAACACUUGCUCAAACCUUUGUAUUAUACGACUCCUAUGUGUGAUAAGCCGGACACCGAUAACUCUGAUUCUGAAUACAAAGAUGCACAAGGACAACGAGGCCACUACAAAUAAAUGGCAAUGUACUUUCUUUGUUCACCAUUUCUUUCCCUUCGUUAUCUGUUAUUUUCCCCUUUCCCAUUUAUAAACUCUUGCAAGAAAGUGUUUAGAGUGUGUCAAGAAAAAAAAAAUAAAAAAGAAAUUAA